AUGAAUCCACUGAUUUCUGCCGCUUCCGUUAUUGCUGCUGGGUUGGCCGUCGGGCUUGCUUCUAUUGGACCUGGGGUUGGUCAAGGUACUGCUGCGGGGCAGGCUGUAGAAGGGAUCGCGAGGCAACCAGAGGCGGAGGGAAAAAUACGAGGGCCAACAACCCACGGAAAGAGCUGA